CCCGACUUUGCCGGCGCGCUUGCGCAGGCGCCGCCCCUUCGGCGCAGCCAGGCCGCCGGCCCAGUUUGGGCCCGCCCCUCUUGUCGAGGCGGGGAGGCCCGCUGGCUCUCCGGCGGCGGCCCCGGGCAUGUGAAAGGCCCCGAGGCGGCUUGCCGCGCAUUGGGGCCCUGUAGCAUAUGCAGCCCGGCUUGAUGUUUUUCGAAGCCCCGCGGGCUAGCCCAUUCCUGCUCCGGCAUUCCGUAGGGGGCUAUGGUGCUCGCUGUUGGCGGCCUGGACCUGUCCUGAAGCGAGAGUGCGUGCGUGCGCUCGGUGUUGGUCAAUCAAGCUCAGUGUUGGAGGUCGGAUGGCGAAUCUGCGGCCCUAGGGUCAUUCAUCGCCCGAAGGCCCAUAGCCCUCUGCCGUUUUGUUUAGAAAGACUUAUUGACUGACUUACUCAUUUCGCGCCCUCGUUCGCGAUCCUCUUCAACCGGUUGCGCUACAGGUCGUUCCGGACUACCAACCGUGCCUGCAGAUUUGAAUGCCGUUCGUUUUCGUCAUUCAUUGACAACUACGUGUCCCGCUAGCGUCAUCGACAUCUAUGCCGCAGCUCCGUCGUUUCAGUUUUUCCACAGUUCCUGUUAUCGUGUCAGAGAUAGGUCAGCCUAGCAAUAGUUUCGAAUGAAACAUUAACAUGAAUAUUCGCACUUUGUGCGGUCGACUAUUGCGGAGCCACCUGCACGAAGAUGCAUCCGGAAUGUAAAGGGUACGUCGAGCAAACGGCCACGUCGACCUGUGUGCUCUUCGGCCUUGUGUUAUCCACAGUAAAUUUCCCGUACACGACGUACAAAUGCUGUCUACUCCCUUCAAUCGUAGUCAUACCCGUACAUUUACAAAACUUUCCUUCAAUCUUAGUCAGCAUGACAAGUCUUGAAGGAAGUUGUCGAAAUUUGUCGUGCAUUUUGUACAUGUGCGGGAAUUUUGUAUAGCAUAUGUGUCAGGAAAGGUGGACUUGACCGCGGACGGCGGUAAGGACAAAUUCCACAAAUGGUGCGAAGACAAGUGCUAUCAACUGCAAAUACGUCUGGGUCUGGAAGAUGGCAACUUGUCAUGCUAGAUCUGAAUCAUGCAAAAAAUCUGUGUUGCAUGAUUACCAACAGCCGCCCUUUUUUACCAAUUUGAGAGGGGAUUUGAUUUCUCAUGCAGGAUAGGCAUGAUAAAGAUCUCACAGAAUUUACCAUGCUAGGUACUGCAUUCCAGACCUCAUGGGUCAUGUAACACCUGCAUGACAAACCUUGCAUUCAUCCAGACAUGUUUGCAAUGCAUAAGUGCCCUGCAACACUUACAACUGCACCAAGCGAGGGGGGAAGUCCAGCCUCCGCGGGCCGACUGAGCUGCAUCAGUUUGUUGAUGCUAGCCUUUUCGCUUCUUGUGGCUUGGAACUAAUGGACGUGCCAGCAGAAUAUUCUGACUGGAGCAUGGAACAAGAGGCUGCACGUAGUAGUGGUUCGGCUUCGAGAUGAAUGUGGACUCUGGCGGGGUUUGUGAUACAGUGAACUUUAGGUCGUGCCACUUGAAUCGCGCUUCUUUUGAAGCCACUAAUAAAGACCACAAAUGUGUCUUUUUCCUCUGGUGAAAUAGAGACGGAAUUAGCCUUCGCCUCUGCUUACAUCAGAAAGCAAGUCAAAAAAUAAAUGAAUAAGCAUGCUCCGGAAUGCUGCGCGACCCGCUAAAUUUCCUGCCACUGG